AACGUCUUCUGUUGUUUUCGUAGACGUUAUUCAAUGAAAGAUGGAUUCCAACGAAAAUCCCGAGUUUUUGUCUGUUUUAAGCGAUAAUCACUUCACGUCUGAAGACAUGAACGCUGUUAUCGAAGACAUCAACCAAUCGACGCUCGAGGACGGCGGCGAUCACGUGAUGAACGAUCUCUUGACCACAACUGUCAUUAAGAGCGAGAUUAUGGACGAAACGACAGACGCGACGACAGCUAACGACGCGACGCCCGCAGAGACGACAGCGGAGGCGCCGGUCGAGGAGCCGAUGGAUCAGUUCACUGUGGAGGCCAUUGUGGGGAAGAGGAAGCGCGCGGGAAGAGUCGAGUAUUGCGUCAAAUGGUUGGGCUUUUCGGACGACGAGAACACGUGGGAACCGAUCGACAACUUGCACUGCGAGGAACUCAUCGCCGACUACGAGGCCAACAACAAGACCGCAACCGCUUCGGCAGCGAAGAAGACGCCCGCGAAGAAGGGCAGAGCGGCCGCCGCGACGCCGAAGACCCCGAAGCGCGGCGCGAGCGACGGCUGGAGUCGCGGUCUGAAGGCGAAGCGCGUGGUGGGCGUGGCGGAGAAAGAGGGCCAAUUGGUGUAUUCGGUGGAGUUCGUGGGCGAGACGACGGCCGAAGAGGUGGCGGCGACUGUGGCGCGCGACAAGUGUCCGCAACUGGUGAUCGCGUUCCUCCAAUCAAAGCUCGUGAUUCAGCGCAAAGGCCCGAAACUGCCGCUCGAGUCGUACCGCCCCCUGGCGUCCAAACAGUUCUCCAUUUUCCGACAAAACUCUCAAUAAUUUCAAAUACUUUUCAUUAGUUUUUCAUUUAAA